AUGGCGAAAAAAGUAUCAAAGAACUCUAGAGCUGCUAGACAAUCGGAUGCUUUUGAUCCAGAAGUACGGGAUUUAAGUGAACUACCUAGAGCUGAAAAAACAGAUUUGACUAAUAUUCUGAUUAGAACAGCUGCCAAGAAUGAAGCAUUGCUGGAAGCAAAGAUUUCUAAGAAAGCCAAUAAAAGUAAGAGGGGCAAGAAGAUAAAUAAAAAGACUUUGGAAGACAAACUAGCUAACUCUAUCUCAUCCAUGGACAAAGACCGUUUAGUGAAGGCCUUGAAUUUUACCAAUCGUUUGGAUGGCAAAAUUGCAAAGUCCAUUUCUCGUGCCAAGUACAUUCAAAAUACAAGAAAGGCUGGCUGGGAUAGUACUAAUGAAACUAUAAAAAAAGAGCUGGCUUUUUUGAGCGGAGGAUUGUCUGUGGAGGUAAAAAGUGCGACUGAAGGUGACGCUAAAAAGGAAGAUGAGGAGAUUCCAGAAGUUUUUCACUCUUCAGCAGAGGAUAAGAUGGUACAGAAGGCUCCCGCCAACAGAUUUGGUGUCCUGCCAGAUGACGUUGAAGAAUAG